AUGAAUAAAAAUUAGAUUCUUAAUAAAAAAUAUGUAAUAUGCUAUGGUGGUCAAUUGAAAUAUUACAAAAAGAAGUCUAAAAGAUUAGCAAAUAAAACAGAAGAUUAUAGCGAUUAAGUUUCUUAACCCUUACCUCCAAUACUAUAGGCUGCUAGAAUCAAUACAUAAUUAGAAAAUAUUAAUAUCAAAUACAGAAGCAAGCCUCAUUCUUAUUACACUACCUCGACUCCUAAUAAUAAAAAUACAUCAUUACCACUUCUUAAAAUAUUACCAAAUGAUAAUCAAGAAUAAAUUAAACAAAAAAUCAAUUCAUGCUUUCUUUCAUCAAAUUAAGCAAAAGUUAUUAUCAAAAAUGAUUUUCUUAAACAAAAUAUGAUUGGAUAUAGUAAAGUGAGCACUAUUAUGAUUAUUUGA